AUGGGUGGAAGCCGGUCCCGGGCUCACUUUGGCUCUGACAGCCCCUCUCCCUGUACUAGGGGGUCCUCUGGGUUGGGGUCGUGUCGGCCCAGCAGAAGCCUGGGGGUGUCCGGUGAGCGGGUGCCAGGGAGGCUCUGGAGCCCGCGGGAGCAUCUCCCCCUUCCCCCCUCUCCAAGUUUGCCGAACUCAUUCUCGCUCUCUUUCUCUCUUUGCUUCCUCCUCCUUCCCUCGCGCUCCGCGGCCUCUCAGGGCUCGCAAUAUGAACUGAAGGAUAACCCCGGGGCGCACCCGGCCACCUUCGCGGCCCACACGGCGCCGGCCUAUUACCCCUACGGCCAGUUCCAAUAUGGGGACCCUGGGCGACCCAAGAACGCCACACGCGAGAGCACCAGCACACUGAAGGCCUGGCUCAACGAGCAUCGCAAGAACCCCUACCCCACCAAGGGCGAGAAGAUCAUGCUGGCCAUCAUCACCAAGAUGACCCUCACGCAGGUCUCCACCUGGUUCGCCAACGCGCGCCGGCGCCUCAAGAAGGAGAACAAGGUGACCUGGGGUGCGCGCAGCAAGGACCCGGAGGACGGCGCCCUCUUCGGCAGCGACACGGAAGGCGACCCCGAAAAGGCCGAGGACGACGAGGAGAUCGACCUGGAGAGCAUCGACAUCGACAAGAUCGACGAGCACGACGGCGACCAGAGCAACGAGGACGAGGAGGAC